UGCGCGGACAGACGUGCCGGGAGCGCCGCGCUGCACCGCCCGCCUGCAGCCCAGCCGCGCCCGCCGCCCGCCCGCCAUGGUGUCAUGGAUCAUCUCCAGGCUGGUGGUGCUUAUAUUUGGCACCCUGUAUCCUGCGUAUUAUUCCUACAAGGCUGUCAAAUCGAAGGACAUUAAAGAAUAUGUCAAAUGGAUGAUGUACUGGAUUAUAUUUGCACUGUUCACCACUGCAGAGACAUUCACAGACAUCUUCCUUUGCUGGUUUCCUUUCUAUUAUGAACUAAAAAUAGCCUUUGUGGCCUGGCUGCUGUCUCCCUAUACAAAAGGAUCCAGCCUCCUGUACAGGAAGUUUGUGCAUCCUACGCUGUCUUCAAAAGAAAAGGAAAUCGAUGAUUGCCUGGUCCAAGCAAAAGAUCGAAGCUAUGAUGCUCUUGUGCACUUCGGGAAGCGAGGCUUGAACGUGGCGGCCACAGCGGCUGUGAUGGCUGCUUCCAAGGUGACUCGACUCUUUCAUUUUGUCUCCUCUUUGGACCUCAGAGAAGGGCAGGGACAGGGUGCCUUAUCGGAGAGACUGCGGAGCUUCAGCAUGCAGGACCUCACCACCAUCAGGGGAGACGGUGCCCCUGCUCCCUCGGGCCCCCCACCCCCAGGGCCUGGGCGGGCCAGCGGCAAACAUGGCCAGCCUAAGAUGUCCCGGAGUGCUUCUGAGAGUGCUGGCAGCUCAGUGUGUACCUGCUGCUCUACCUGCAGGACCCGGAAAGUGGUUGAGGGAGAUGUCAAUGAGGGUGGUGUGAAGGCGUGGGAACCCCACCAGGUCCAAAACCCACUGGCGUUUUCUGACGAGGAGGAGGAAGAUCUGCUGGAGUUCAUGUACAAGUAUAAGGCACCGAAAAAGACGGAAUUGCCCCUGGAGGUUGGCGGUGGACGCUUUCUUGUGGCAAGGCUGCCACCCAAGGACCCUGUGCACCGCCUAGAACCCUUCGAUCUCGCUUCAGGAAGAAAAGUACCUCAUCCUCGGCCACUGAAACCACGUGAGUGAGUGAGAUGAGCCAACAACACUGGAUCCAGAAUGUUUCUUCUCUGCCUUAAAGAGCUAGUCAUUAAUACCACAGAAAUCCACAGGCUGGGUGUGCUUUGAGUGUAUAGCCUCACAGACACGGCCUUUAUUCGCUCCCCUCUUCCACCUUUAAGAAAUUUGUUUUUUCUUCUUUUUCUCUUUCUCUUUCUUUCCUUAAAAUUUUGCUGGGGAGAGUCUAAAGGGCGAGGUCAGGGGUGAGCCUUUAAGUCUCCUGAGGUUAGCCAUUUCCCACAAUUGGAUUUGUCUUUACAGACGGCAGUGUUUUUAGAAAUGCAAGCGACAUCGCCCCUAUGCUGCUGAGAUGUACAUUUGUAAUUUAUUUGUUGCAUAUUUAGUUUUUAGUUCUGUAAAUGCAAAUGAAACCCAUUUUUUAAACCUUUUUUUUUGUUCUUGGUACUAAUAUUUUGGACUACGAUGUACAGAUUUAUGGCUUUUAGCUUAAUAUAAUGAACUCAUAUAAUGCUUCCAGUGGUUCUGAUAAGUGAGAUAACUGAAAAAAAUAAGAAAUGUAAACAAAUACUUUUGAUUCUGGAUGAUGGCUCCCAUGUGCUUAUAAAGGUCCCAAAUCCAGUUUCAGUAGAGCCCCUUUUCCUUCUUCAGAUGCCGUGGAGUCAACAGAGGGAGGUCAGGAGACUAGACACUGCAUCUUAGCUCUUAGCCACAGGCCUGAGUGUUGAUGGGAGGCCCAGGAUAAGGGAAGUCAGGGAGCUCAUCUCUUCCUUGGAGUCAGGAUUGAGGGUUUCCAAGCCCUUUCAGGGGGCACUCCUGGCAAAAUGUGUUGGGCUUGGGGGCUCACAGAAAGAAACACUUUCUUCAUAGUGAUCAGUGCUGCAACUUAUUUCCCCGGGUAGAACCUAAAAUCUGAGCACCUUGUUUUUAGAAAACACUAAGCAAGAACAAAGCUGGAACUAUGCCUUGUCUCAGAUAGUGCUAAUACAUGUGUGUGUAACAACCAGAACAGCACGUUCUGGAAGGCAGCGAGGGCACCCAGUCCUCUUCCUUGCCUGUGUGGAAUGUGAGUGAACUUAGGCUUGUGGGCACUCUAGGAUUCUAGGUAUUUUCUACACACCAGGACUGCUUAGUAGGAGAAUGAAACAUAUUAAGAAUUUUGGGAAGAAUCUGGUUUAGAUGACAUUGUGAUCUGAGGUAGCUGCCCUGCCUUCUGGGAGCUGAGCCAAAAUGUAGGGCUAGUAUAUUUGUGCUUAAGAGUUGAUGUUUUCUUUCAGUGUAAUGCAUGCAAUGGUCACAACCCAGUUACUGGUAUUUGGAUUGUGUCUGUUCAUAGAUAUGCCCUGAGGAUUAGAGUAGUGUUAUAUGCCACAUAGAGCUAUCAACUGACUACAAACAGGCCCAGUUCAAACCUGCUCCAUUAUUUAGCUGCAAAAACAUGCAUCAGUGGCUUUUGCUCAUGAUGCAUUAGCUGGAUCUUAGCCACUUCACAAAGGGUUUAGUUGCUGCGUAAUUUACAAAAGGGUUUAAGAAUGGAAGCCUAAAAGCAAAUUUGUGGCUGAGGGCAGAGGCUCUCUGCUCAACUGUAUGUGUCCCGCACCUGUCAAUAUUGAACCUUUUAAGAAAGAAAAUCUGUUUUCUUCAAGUUCACCCAAUAGCUCCAGACAGGGAAAUUCCUCUUUACCAUGUAUUUGCUCUCUUAGUUGGGAGUACUCCUAAUUAUCAGAAACCAAUGUGGGUGGGAGGUGGGGAGAAGCUUAAGUUUAAGCAGCUUUUUAGCAAAAAAAAAAAAAAAAAUUUUUUUUUGCCAAACUAAUGCCUUCUAGCAGUAGUUUAAAAUCCUAUUAUAUUUUCAUCAUUUUACAAUGGAAAAUUCAAACAAGGCCAGGCUAUCAAAUUUGCACUCAACUAUGCCAAAAACAGUUUGACGACACUCUACUCUCAGAUGCUGUAUUAAUUCUCAUUCAAGAUUUUAAAAAUACAAAGGUAUCCAAGCUGUUGUCUUAAUGUAAAUGUAUCUAUUUUUCCUUCAAGUGUUGAUUAGGAAAUAGGUGUUUCUCAAAGAUACACUGUACAAGUGAGAGCAGCUGUCAAUUCUUUCUGGCAACAUGUGUUUACUUAUCUGACAAGCUGUAUAUUUGUGUAAGGACUUACAUAAAAUGUGAAUGCCUAUCUGUGUACACUUAGUGCGUGGUAUUCUGUCUAGAGGAGAAAAACCAAUGUUUUUGUGGAUUCACAGGCACAGGCUGUUUACAAAAUGCUAGUUUAAAAGUCUGUCAUUUUUCCUACGUCAUAAUUUUUUAGUUCCUUGCCAUUGAGCAACCUGUUCCAUUUCUGAGGCGGUGAGAUGUGGUCUUAUGCUUAUCAACUGGAGAGUUGAGUCAUAAUCCCUCCUGGCUUUGUGUGAAUAGCUUGCUCAUUUAGCUGGCCUUCAAAAAUGUGUGUCCCCUGUGGUAAACUGUCCAUGUGUUUGUGCUUAGCAGUGCUGUUCACCAUGGCCAUUGGUAAGCCUUUCCAGUUCACCUUACACAGUAUUUGAAAUGGCGAGGGAAGUGCUUUGUUAUCUUCAUAGCAUAUACUCUGGAUUGUGACUGUGCACACUUCCUCUAGUUUAUUUCUGACUCUCCAUAGAAGGAUCUAGAAUUAAAUAGUAGACUGGACUGUGUACUAAAAGGAUGUAAAAUUACAGUAUUGCAAAGGCUGAAGUUCUGCUGUUUUGUUAUAAUGCCUGAUAUACAUCUUGAAUAAAGUCUUAAACAUUUUUCCUUAAAAAAA